AUGGAGUCUCUGUUUCGAGAAUACAUACAAUCGAUCAAUAGUCAUGAGCCAGAGGAUCGCCUCGCCAAGUUCAUCACCAACAGCAACGUCGAACCUCGGUCACUGAUAAGCUUGCCGGCGGGCUUUGAGGAGCUCGAAAGAGCCAGCGAUGUGAAUCUUGUCAUUCUCCACAUCCUUACCGGGGAGGCUUCGGAAAGCCUUGGGGCCAUCCUAGCCGUACGAGUCACUUCGAAGAAUAACUCUUCGUCCUCACCCAAAGGAGCAAUUGUAUUCCGAAGACAUGUCUUUUGCAGGUUCCAAAAUGCCACAAUCUUCAGCAUCGAUAUCAUAGACGACGUCGACGCUUUGCGCAACAAAGAAUCCCAGACGGUCCGGAUCCCUACUUGGACUGCUCGGCCAGCCGCGACGGGCUUCCUCCUCCGCGACGCCUAUUGGUCAUAUUUCGAAUGCGUCUCCAGCCGGACUAUGGACAAGGACUUGGUCAAAUUCACUCACGACCAAAUAAUCUUCAAUGGCCAUCAACUUUCGAGGGAGCAGUACAGGGGAGCCAUGGAAGAAUGUCAUGAUGUGAUGGCGGAUUUCAACGAGGACAAGCAGCAGCUCAUGGCCAGGGUGACCUUCGAGUGGACCCCGAUCAAGACAUGGAACGGUAUCGAGCCUACGGGGAAAAGGGUCAAGUUCUCAGAGCAUGUUUUUGUGUGGUUUGACGAGGGAAGAAUGCACACAAGCGUUACAUUGUUAGAUAUGGAGUCGUUCAAAUCGCAGAUGCGAAAAUAA